AUGGAGAAUUUGUGGAAACGUGUCGCUGAACUAUUACAAAAUAAACAUUUUGCUAAAUAUGCCGUAGAUUACGAUCGUCGGCCGUUGAUUAAACUUACUAAUGAUCUGAAUGGUCCACGGAUGCGAUUGAUACAUUGGUCGACGCUUGCAGCAGUCCAGAGAAUUCCUCACAGUGAUGAAAACUUAGCUGUCGAUGCUCUAGAAAGUAUCGACGCUUAUGGUGUACAUACGUGCGAAAUCUUCAUGGUUAGUCAUCGAUGGUUACGACCACGUCUUGACUCAUCUCAAUCCCAUCCGGAUUCAUCGGACAACGUCAAAGCUCAUGCGAUCAAUGAAUUUACGAAAUGGCGACAAGAAUGGAUAAAAAGCCAAUACGGUUUUAGUCCUGAAAUUUUCUAUUGGAUUGAUUUUUGCUGUAUCGAUCAGCAUGAUCUAACAACAGCUAUUCCGCUACUACCGUUGUGGGUGGCAUGCUGUGAACGAUUCUUACGUAUCGAAACUCCUGAUUAUUUCGAACGAGCUUGGUGUCGAUUAGAACCGUUACUAUCUUAUGUAUUUCAAUUUGCUGAUCACCAUACGAUUAUUCAUCUAGAUUUUAAGUAUUCGGAGGACGAAUUCGAUUCUGGUAAGAAGGUCGAACCGUUAAUUCUUGAUCCGUUGGAAGGGCUCACUACAGAUGAAGCAGAUUUACUACUCAUCAAGCCAAUCGUCGAUUUAACAAAAGAAAUUCAGAUUGAACAAUGUCGAAGGAAAGUUGAUUUCGGCAAAACAACAAUCAAAUGUUUUCAAUUGUAA